UUGGGUCUAAAGGGUGAGUGAGAGCAACUUUCUCCUAAUCAGGGCAGCCUGUGUGCCCCUGUGAUUGGGAUAUCCCCAAAGAACUGAAAAUGUAGAUCAGGCCAAACCCCAUUUUCUAGUGUUUUAUGAUCUGGUAUUCAGAGGUACACUGUACAUAGGCGUUUCAUUUGUGGGAUGUAAAUAAACUCACUGAGUUUGAAACAACAAAAAGGGAGCUAUCUUCCAGUGUCUAGUCAUUUAUUGUGGCUUGCUGUGUUAGGAAGAAGUUUGAUCUCCUUUGCAUCACAAAUGAGGGUGUUCAUUCCACCCAUUCGUUGGGUCAUCCUGGACUGCCACAACAUAAAAGCAUGAAGUUGGGUGGGGCAACACUACAUCCUCCGUAUAAUUUUGUUUUGGGAAUACUAUUAUUAAGUAUCUGGGUGUGAUUAUAGCACUGAGCAUACUUAAUAACCUUUUCUAUUUUUACUCUGAGCUUCCUUGAGGCCGAUAUUAAAGGUUUGAAGGAAUCCCUCCCCCUUGCCCCCACCCCCAGUCAAAUGGGAUAGAGACUCUGGGGUGUGUUUGUGUGUGGGAGCUUGAUGGCUUGUAUGCAGUUGGAUACUCCUUUGUGAGACACGCAGAACCGUUUCCUCUGCAAGGUGCUGCCUUUUCCUUUGUACUUUCACUCUGCUUGUGAAACUCUCUGGUCUGCAUGUUCUGGUGAGCCAAUGGACCUGUGUUUGGUUGGUGGGGGCAGGUGUGUUGGGCUGUGUGGCUGUGGAUCCCUAUUGCUUUUUCCUGGAAUUGUAAAUAUCUACCCACAUGCAGGUGUGUGUGCAAGUAAAAGAGUGGUCGCUGGUUGAGCUCAGAGGUGUAGGUCACUGGGAAAUAUCUGCCACUGUGACAAGCUUUCCUUCUGAACGUCAUACAUCUCUGAAAUAUGUUGACACCAUGAAGUCCCACAUGGGGAUGAGUGGGUCUGACCCUGGCAACACAAGAUGGGGUGCCUGAAGGAGAAAGGAGUGUUUAGGUGACACUCCCGGGAUAUGGAACCGCAAGGAUGUGCACGAGGCGCUCCCAGCCACGCUCCGAGGGAUGGACCCAGCAAGUCCGCCAUCCCUCAGAAAAACGCAUACGCGAGGCUCGUGCAAAAGCACCACAGCGGGAGGUUCCGUUCCUACCUGAACCACAUCGCUCAGAAGCUGCAGCUGGAAGAGGGGACCCUCAACGACUCUGGUUCGGAUGCAGAGCCAUCCUUGAAAAGAGGCCUGGUGAGGGAGGCCCUGUCGAAAAACGGGGUGAAAGCGCCCGGGACUUUGCUGGCCAGAGCCCUGCAUCCAUGCCAGCUGGAAAAGUCUGAACGCCUGAAUGAGGAAGGUUUGAUCAAGAGGCAGAGCCUUCAAAGCGAGGCUGGCAAAGGUGACUACGAGGAGGAUGCCGUGGAGGAAGAGGAUGAUGACGUCUCUCCCAACCGCCACGGUGAUGCAGCUGCCUCUGCAAGGGCAGGGCAGGCGUUGGGAGGCAACAGGACGUUGUCCACAAUGGCCUCUUUUCUGCCGAAAACCCCCAGCUCUGGAGAGAGGGGCAGAGAGGAGUAUUGGAGGAGCAAGUGCAGCGGCAGUGACGGUCCUGCUGCCUCGGAGAGAGCAGACAGAUCCGUAUCUGCUGGACAGUUUGGCGUGGAUUUGCCCGCAGUGAAUUCCAGGAAGGCCAGUCCCUUCUCCAGCCAAAUGCAUGGUGCACACAAGCAAGGCUUGGCGAGGACCAGAAACCACUCUGAAUCGGCCAGAGCCCCCCCAAAUGUAGAGAGGAGGCGGCAGCUGUCUGAAUCACACACAGACACAAUGAGCAACUCUGACUGCAGAAUGGGCCAGCGGCAGCUGGGGGCCCCCAGAGGCGGCCCCUACACCACCUGCUUGGCCCCUGGCGACAGAAAGAAUCGGAGCAAGCCAACUCGGGGGAGGAAGAAAGUAUUUGAAGCCUACAUGUCAAGGGAGGAUGUCUCAGCAGGACUGAAAAGGAAAACACUUAUCCAGGGACCCCUGAGAAUAAACCCCAAGAAAUACCACGAGGCCUUCAUUCCAUCUCCAGACAGCACCCGAGAUAUCUUCAUUGAUGGCGUCGUUGCUCGGAACAGAGCUCUGAAUGGUGACAUCGUGGUGGUGACUCUGCUUCCAAAAGAUCAGUGGAAGGUAAUCAAGCCGGAUGGUUGUGACAAUGAAACAACAGAAACAACUCAAGGAUCAGAUCCUCCUGGGAGUUCUCCGGGCGCUUGUGUGCUUUGCGAUCCAGGAAAAGGCGAUGUUAACAGCCCGGACGUUGUUAUAGAGGCUCAGUUUGAUGACGAAGAUGUUGAGGGCAAGCAAGAUGGCUCAAGGGAGAUCAAGGAUCAGAAGCAGCUGUCCCUGGGGGCUGGAGAAAAUGGCAGGGACCUGGAGACCUGCGGCCCCCGCCAUGCGAAACAGGAAGACUCUUCCAAGCCAAACGAUCCGGACCAGUUCCUGCAGAAGACUGCCAAGGUGGUCUACAUCUUGGAGAAAAAGCAUUCCAGGGCAGCGACCGGCUUCAUCCGCCUCCUGACCGACCGCAACAGCGAGCUCUUCAAGAAGUGCGCCAUGUUCUCACCUGUGGACCACAGAGUGCCUCGUGCGUACGUGGCCUUGGCUGACUGCCCGCCGGACUUCAUCACCAGGCCUGAGGACUAUUCCAACACUCUGUUCAUCUGCCGUAUCGUGGACUGGAGGGAAGACAGCAACUUUGCCCUCGGGCAGUUGGCUCAAAGUCUCGGGCAGGCUGGUGAAAUUGAGCCGGAGACGGAAGGCAUCCUCACGGAAUACGGUGUAGAUUUUUCGGACUUCCAGCCCGAUGUCCUGCAGUGCCUCCCCCAGAGCCUCCCCUGGGUUAUCCCACCAGAAGAAUUUGCCAAGAGGAGAGAUUUAAGGCAAGAAUGCAUCUUCACCAUUGACCCGUCAACCGCCAGGGACCUUGACGACGCUUUGUCUUGCAAGCCGCUUCCGGAUGGUAACUUUGAAGUGGGCGUCCACAUUGCAGAUGUGAGCUACUUUGUGACGGAGGACACGGCUCUGGAUGAAAUUGCGAGCAAGAGGGCAACAAGUGUCUACCUCGUGCAGAAGGUGAUCCCAAUGCUCCCCAAGCUCCUCUGUGAGCAGCUGUGCAGUCUCAAUCCUAUGACAGACAGACUCACCUUCUCCGUCAUAUGGAAGCUAUCUCCUCAAGGCAAGAUUAUUGACGAGUGGUUUGGGCGGACUGUGAUCUGCUCCUGCGCAAAGCUCAGCUACGACCAUGCCCAGAGCAUGAUUGAGAACCCCGAGAAGGUGUUUGCGGCAGAGGAAAUCCCCGCUAUCUCCCCCCAGCAUUCGGUAGAUGAAGUUCGCCAGGCCGUCCUCAACCUCCACCAGAUCGCCAAGAAGCUGCGUGAGCAGCGGUUCGUGGACGGGGCUCUUCGCUUAGACCAGCUGAAACUCUCGUUUACUUUGGACAAGGAGAGCGGGAUGCCACAAGGAUGUUACAUCUAUCAGUACCGGGACAGCAACAAGCUGGUGGAAGAGUUUAUGCUGCUGGCAAACAUGGCCGUUGCCCACCGGAUGCACCGCUCCUUCCCGUCCAAGGCCUUGCUGCGCCGCCAUCCUCCGCCCCAGAGCAAGAUGCUCAAAGACCUCAUGGAUUUUUGCAGCCAGAUGGGCCUGGAGAUAGACUGCAGCUCUGCCAAGGCCUUGCAUGAAAGCCUGAACGAAACCUUUGGAGCUGACAAAUAUGCCGAAGCCAGAAAGGAGGUGCUCACCAACAUGUUCUCCCGCCCCAUGCAAAUGGCUGUGUAUUUCUGCGCCGGGACCCUGGAGGACGAGACCCUCUUCCGCCACUACGCCCUCAAUGUGCCUCUCUACACCCACUUCACGUCGCCCAUCCGCCGCUACCCAGACAUCAUGGUGCACCGACUGCUCUCUGCUGCCCUGGGCGAUGGCCCUGCCCCAAGGAUGGAGGAGGCCGAUAUCCAGAAGCAGGCUGAGCACUGCAACGACAGGAAAAUGGCUUCCAAACGGGUGCAGGAGCUCAGCGCCGAUCUCUUCUUUGCCGUCUUUGUCAAGGAGUGUGGCCCCCUGGAGUCGGAAGCCAUGGUGAUGGGCGUCCUCAACGAAGCCUUCGACGUCCUGGUUCUGAGGUUUGGCGUCCAGAAGCGAAUCUACUGUAACGCCCUGCCACUGGUGGGCUUCCAGUUCCAGAAGCUGGGCAAGAAGCCGCAGCUGACUCUGAUGUGGGAGCCAGAGAGCUUGGAGCAGGAUGCUGUCCAACAGGUCAUUACUGUUUUCACCUUGGUGGAGGUCGUCCUGAGGUCCGACAACGUCCCCUUGAAGUACAGUGCGGUGCUGAAGAGGCCUGGCGGUGAGGAGUGACCGGCUCCCACGUCCGGAGAUGGAUCGUGCCCAGCUGACACUGCCAAAGCAACAUCCCAAAGGGCCUCAUCCUACAGUGACUCUCUCUCUCUCCUGGCGAAAGUCAGGCUGUGGGCCUCUCAUUAUCCAUUUUUGCGAACGGGUUUUGUUUUAUGUCUGGAUUUUAACCCAAGCCAGCAGCAACGGGGACGGCAGCCCUCAAGGCAUCCCCAGCUGCUACAGGGACCUGAACUUCUCCUCGGCUCCUGGCUUUUUAGACCCUCCUUUUCUUAAACGAGCCCUUUACAAAGGACACAGAGGAGCUGAGAGCAGCCCGUGGUGGGAUUCCUGUGCCUUAAGGCAUUCCUUGCUUCUGUGUUCGUGGCUGUGGCCGUGCGGGCGUAAUAAAAAAAACCUUGGCCAACAACAGUGUGUGUGUGUGUGUGUGUGUGUGUGUAGGUUUCCGUUCUCCUCCUGGCAUCUUCUCCUUUGACAUUUCAACAGGAGAGGAAGUUCCGAAACGGUUGUGAAGCAGCAGCAGUAGUGUUGUUGUUAUCUUCCUCUUUCAAUUUCCACACACCCAUCUCCAUCCUCUGCAAAAAAAACAGCACCGUCGCUUGGGAGAGAAACAAAGGUGACAAACAAUCAAUCUGGUUCUGUGUGUUUUAGCCGGUUGAAUCAGGGCUGGUGAGUGUGGAAGGACUAAAAGAAGACUGGGAAUUUUGGAAGCGGGGCGGAACUCCCUCUCCCACCACUGCUGCCCAGCGAAGAAAACCUGCUAGGAGGUGGGAAUAAAUUGCUAUGGCACUUUUGAGACCGGCAGAAGGGGUUGUUGGUUGUAGUUCCAUACAGGAGCCAAGCAAGCAGGUUAAGGGGUGAUAUGAUAGCCAUGUUCAAAUAUAUAUAAGGAUGUCAUAUAGAGGAGGGAGAAAGGUUGUUUUCUGCUGCUGCUGCAGAGAAGCGGACCCAGAGCAAUGGAUUCAAGCUGCAAGAAAGAAGAUUCCACCUAAACAUUAGGAAGAACUUCCUGACAGUAAGAGCUGUUCAGCAGUGGA